GCUGUAGCAGCCAACAUCGCUUACUAAAUUUAUCUUGAUGCGUAUAUCAUUCUAAAAACGUUUAAAGAACAUUUUAAUAUCAUACCAAAAAGUUUAAGCAUUUAACAAGUGAAUAGAAAACAUAUUACUGUAUAUUAGUGACAUUUGCGUAUAUGUAAGUAAUACUCCACAAAGCCAAUAGAUUGCCGUACAUACAAAACCCCAAGAGGUUGAGAAUGGAUUGGAGGCAGGCGGAAAUUUUCGACUUGAUAUCCAUGUACAGAGAGUCUGAGUGCCUAUGGAACUGCCUAAAUCGUGAAUAUAAAGACGUGGACUUGAAAAAAAAUGCAUGGAGGGAAAUCGCUACUUUCUUCGGAAGAAAAGUGGAGGACGUAAAGAAGAAAAUAAAAAAUUUGCGCACUAGUUACGUUAUAGAGAAAAAGAAAGUCGAAAGAAAGAGGACCGAAUCGGGAGAAACUGUGUAUGAGCCCCGUUUAUUCUACUAUGAUGAAAUGACCUUUUUGGACCCUGUCGUAAUUUUACGAUUUUUUAAUCCUACAGAACAAAAUGCAGAUCCUUUAACUGAAAUGAAAAAACAGCGUUCUUCAAAAGUAAGACAUAUGAUUGAUGAAAAGAAAAAGCGCAAACUAUUCAGUAAUUCUCAGACGGAGCGAUCACAUUCGGAGUUUUCUCCUAUAAAGAGACUGCGUGAUAUAAGCGAUGUACAUUUAGAUAAUGAACUACAAGACGAAUUAGAAGAGGAAAAGCUUUUAAGUAAAGAAGAUACUUUUUGUGCAAUGCUUUGCAGUGAACUUAAAUCCCUUAAAUCAAAAGACAUAUAUGACAAUGUGACAUUCGAAAUUUUUACUAUCCUAAGGAAUGCUAAAAUGGCAGAACGUCAAGAAAUAUACCAACCCGAAGAGAUUACCAAAGUAGCUAGUAUAAAGAUGUGAAGGUACGGCUUCUUCACAACAAAAGUAGCGCCCACGUAUCGGAAGAAGGAAUUUUUAAAGAGCAUUUGAGAAAUAUGCCAUUACCACACCUAUAAUAAUAAUUUUAAAGCAAUUGUAAAUAUUUCUACUUAUAUACAUACAUACAGCCGUUGACAACUAAUUAGUAAUGCUCCCUUUAUUAUAGGUGGCUGAUGAAUAUAAUGAUAAAAAAUUUUUAUAUACCGUCACUUAUAAUUCCUAAAAGUCUUGCAUUGUUCGUGUUACUCUAUUUACUACUAAAUUCACUCUGUUUUGUAGUUAUGAAGUUAAAGCUCUUUUAAUUUUUACCAAAUAGUAAAUGCGUUACGAUAUAGAAGUUGUAUUAAGUGCGACAACUAAUUAGAAACAGUUGUUUAAGGAAUUAAAAUUUCUUAAUGUGUUAA